AUGCUGAGCGACGUGCUCUUUGACAACUUCUUCACGGAUAUGAUGUUCCACAGCAAGAUCGAGAACUCACAGAAGGAGGUCCUGCACGCGCUUGUGAGGUUGCAUGAGCAGGUCCAGGCUGCGUGUAGCAGGGUGGAAGCGCUGGGGGCUGAGUUGAUGCAGGCCUCCUCCGCCCUCCGCCAACGUCGCGCUGAGCUAGACGCGUACCGCAAGUCCAUCUUCGACGCCGUCACCGCCGGCCGCGCUGCCCCCUCUGAGGCGAGCUCGCCCGAGAUGGGCCCGCCACCGGCGCCGGCGGGAUUUAGGGCGGUCUAUGAGCCGGGGCUGCAGUAUGGGAGGCAGGUAGAGGGGAUGGUGAUGCCGGCGGUUGAAGGGGUGACGAUGCCAGGUGCAGGAGGAUCGGGACGGGCAACGCCGCCUGCAGGAUUUGGGGAACACCCACCAGCAGGAUUUGGGGAACACCCGCCAGCUGGCUUCGGGGAACAUCCACCGUCAGGCUUCGACGCGCCACCGCAUGCCCCGGAGGGCUUCAUGUCGCCCUACGCUUCGACGUCACCCCAGCCCUCGCCGUCGUAUGCACCGCCUCCAGGGUCGCCGCCUGCUGCUCCAGAAGGGUUCAUGUCGCCAUACGCGUCGGCGGGGACGUCGUAUGCGCCGCCUGCGGGGCCGCCGCCGUCAUUCGGCGCGCUCGCGGCUUCAAGUCCGCCUCCAUCAAGCCCACCGCCCCAGGCAGCUGCAGCUGCAUCACCGACGAGUCCGCGAUUCGCACCGCCGGCAGGGCCGCCUCCGUCGUUUUCGCCACCAGCAGGGCCGCCGCCAGGGCAUGUGGCUGCAGAACCGGACCAAGCGGCGUCAGGCUCGGGCAGUACGGGGCACGCCAGCAUGCCCUCGCCUGGGUCUGAGCACCCUCCCGUGGAGUGGAAAUCUCACAACCCGUAUGCGGCGGCCAUGUUCAGUCGUGCGAGGCAGUCGAGUCUGAAUGUGGAUGCAGGAGGGGAAUGGGAAGGGAGAAGAGGGUAG